CGGUUUAUAUAUUCGUUAGCAAAGGUCUUCCUUUGACAAACUUGAAUGUCGGCAACAUUGAAAAGUAGAUCCGCAGAAGUGUGCACGUGUACACAAUAUAUUACGGUAAAAUAACCACGUUAUUCAUACAGGGAGGAAGUAGCAAUGCAAAAGAAAACGUAACUUUUUAUCAGGGUUCGGACGGUUGGUGUGCGUUCUCGACAUGGAUGGCAGAGUGACCUUAGAUAGCACAAGAUGAGCCAUCGCCAUUCAAGUUCGGCAGAGUCCGGUGCACAGUUGCUUGCAAGACUUGAAGGAAGGCGAUCGCUGGAGAAUAUCGAGCCUCUUCUAUUCCCCAAAGACAGUGGUCCUGUUAACGGAGAUGUGGUGGAGUUCCACGGCGGGGAGGGGACGGGCAAGACCGAGGCGCUGUACCACCUGGUGGCCCGCUGCAUCCUCCCGGAGGCCAGCGGGGGUCUGGAGGCGGAGGUGGCGUUCGUGGACACGGACUACCACCUGGACACCCUGCGUCUGGUGGCCGUUCUGGAGCGCCGCCUGCCCGCCGGCUCGGAGGACGCGGUACGGGCCAGCCUGGCCCGGCUCUACGUGGUCCACUGCGGCAGCGGAGCCCAGCUCCUGCUCACCCUGCACUACCUGGAGGGCAUGUUCUGCAGCCGGCCCUCCCUCUCGGCCCUGGUCCUGGACAGCGUCUCAGCCUUCUACUGGGUGGACCGGGCCAACGGCGGGGAGAGCCUGGCGCUGCAGGAGGCCAACCUCAGGAAGUGCACCAAGGUCCUGGAGAGGCUGCUGAGGGAGCGAGGCGCCAUGGUCUUCGCCACCGUGCAGGCCGUCAUGAGGAAGUACGAGUCCGAGGGCCCGGUGGGGUCCUUGUCCCGCGGGCGCCAGGCGCCGGCCCGCGCGGACCUCAGCAAGGUGUACCUGUGCAGGGCGUGGCAGGGCAUUGUCACGCACAGGUUGUACUUCUCCAAGGACGACGCGGCGGACGGAAAGCGGAUCUUUUCCGUGGCGUCCUCCUGCUCGAGGACGAAGAGCGCGGGAAGGUGCUCUUUCCACGUGACAGACGGGGGAAUCCAGUUUCUGUAACAUCUACUCAAUGUGGAAUAGAUGUUUUCAGUGUCUGUUUGGCUGGGUAUGUCAACUACUGCUCUGGCUGCCACCCUGGAUUCUACGGGAGAAUGAAGUGCAGAGUCGUUUGUUUCUUGCAGAAACGUAGUCUGUGUGGUGCUUUCUUGCUGCACUGUUGAAAUAUUCUUCCUCAGUUAAUUAACUUAGUACUGGUUUAAUAUAUAAUAAUACAUUCUUUUCAACUUAUAUUCUGUGCUACACUUUUUUAAAUGAGACUGGAAUGAGGAAUGAUAAUGUUAUGAGAAGUACCAUUGUUCUACCCCUUGUUGGUUUCAUAGUUAAUUUUCAUUCAGUUAUGUUUUAGUGUAGUCUUUUGAAGAUCAUUUUGUUCUUAGAAAGACUUUGUUCAGAAAUACAUUAUUUCUCAAAAAGUUGACCCUUGCUAGGUUUGAGUUUUUAGAAUAAAUAAAGGAGAAAGCAUUCCAAAGUAAA